CUGCCAUCAUGGUAUUUGUAUGCCCAUCAUCCCAAACCUCACAGUUCCAAGUCACCGCUGACAGAAUGUACCGUACUUACACCUUUCAAGGUUGCUGAAACUUGAACAUGGACAAACCAAAGAACAGCCAGACUGACCACAAACUGGGCAUCCCAGAGAAGAGCUCUGAAAAGGCGAUCACAACCUGCCUGCUCAGUGCAGCCUUCUUCGGAGCCUUGGGUUCGUCUUUUCUGUACGGCUACAACCUCUCUGUGGUCAAUGCGCCGGCGCUGUACAUUAAAGCUUUUUACAACAAGACCUGGAUUGAGAGAUAUUCGGAACCAAUUCCAGCAGAGACGGCUACUCUUCUCUGGUCCAUUACAGUGUCCAUAUUUGCCAUUGGAGGCCUGUUUGGAACCCUGUUUGUCUCUGUACUCAUCAAAAUGCUUGGAAGAAAGGGUACCUUGCUGUUUAAUAAUGGCUUUGCUGUAGUAGCUGCUCUGCUGCUGUCCUUGGGUGAGAUGUCAAAAUCUUUUGAGAUGCUUAUCAUCGGCCGGACCAUUAUGGGGGUGAAUUCAGGUAUUGCUCUUAGCGCCCUCCCCAUGUACCUGGGAGAGAUUUCACCGAGGCAUAUCAGAGGUUCUAUUGGCCAGUUCAACUCCAUCUUGAUCUGUUUAGGAGUGUUCACGGGACAAGUGCUGGGGCUGCCGGAGCUGCUGGGUCAGGAAUCCCGGUGGAACUACCUGUUUUCUUUCCUGGCAUGUCCUGCUAUGCUGCAGCUGUGUGUGCUCCCCUUCCUCCCUGAGAGUCCUCGAUACCUGCUGAUCGAACGGAGGGAUGAGGCCGGAGCAGAAAAAGCGUUUCAGAAAUUUUUGGGGAAGAAAGAUGUGUCCCAGGAGCUGGAAGAGGUCCAUGCGGAGUCUCGAGCUCAGGACAACCUACAGACAGUCUCUAUGUUGCAGUUAGUGAGGAGCCCAGCAGUCCGCUGGCAGCUCAUCACCAUCAUCAUCACCAUGGCCUGCUAUCAACUCUGUGGCCUCAAUGCUAUCUGGUACUACACUAAUGGGAUCCUUCGGGAAGCAGGCUUUGCAGAGAACAUCCUCCCCUACAUCACAUUGAGCACAGGGGCUAUAGAGACUCUGGCUGCCAUCAUCUCCGGUCUGGUGAUAGAGCGAAUAGGGAGGAAGCCCCUCCUCAUAUUUGGUUUCUCCUCCAUGGCUGUAUUCUUCAGCCUACUCACAGUUUUCCUCUAUUUCCAGGAAAAAGUGCCCUGGAUGCCAUACCUGAGCUACAUCUGUAUACUGGCUGUGAUUGCAGCUUUUUGCUCGGGACCAGGUGGCAUCCCAUUUGUCCUGACUGGUGAACUGUUUGAACAGUCCUACCGACCUGCUGCUUUCAUGAUCGCUGGCAUCGUGAACUGGCUGUCUAACUUUGCUGUCGGACUCCUGUUCCCAUUCAUCCAAGAGAAGCUGCAGGCUUUUGCUUUCUUGGUGUUUGUGGUGGUCUGCAUCUUGGGAUCUAUCUACCUCUGCGUUGUCCUCCCUGAAACCAAAAACAAAACAUUUAUGGACAUCAGCAAGACCUUUGCCAAGAUCAACAAGAUGCCCGUUCCUUCCCCUGGCCAAGAAAUGGAGCUGGUUCUGUCCAUUACACCUGACAUGAAGGGAAAAGCCCAGGAUGGCACGAAGAUGGAGAGCUCAUUCUGACUUAACACGUGACAGAGACGAUGGAGGAACAGGCUCAACAUGUAAAAUUAAAGCAUUUGUUGCUUUUACAUAUUUAUUUGAUAACACCAAUCAAUGAAAUGAAAACAGAUGCUUUUUGUACAUGUUUUGUACAACUGGAAUAUUUAGGAAUGAUCAGUUUUAUGAAAAUAGCAGAGAACAGUCAGAUUAGUGAAGUGUUUACAGGUAAAGUCAAGAGUGUGGAGGUCACUCAACAGCUUCCAGACAGGUAACCAUGUGGAAACCAGAGGCACGCAUAAAACAGACAGAUAAACUGGACAGAUAAAAAAGAGAAUACAAUUGGUUGAAAAGAUAUAAGUAGUGAACCAGUUAGAUCAAAAUUCAGUGUGUGUUCAAAAGAAUUACGGUGGUGUAAAUUGCAAAUUGCAACAGAAUACCCCUGACCAACCACCCAACAAUGGUCACACGAACUGUAGAUCGUUACUCCAGAGCCAGUGUUUGGCAUGUCCCUUCCUGGUUGCUGUAGUUACAAUGACUUUUGUUUCCUUCACUAAUAAAAACAAAUACAUAAAUACCAUAUCCUGUAUUUGAAAAUGUGAAUUUAAGGAAACUAUCAUCUAAAAGCAAGAAGACCUUAGGUGACAUAAGACAAAUUCAAUCAUAAAAAUAGACUUCAUCAUGUUAAUGAGUCAGUGUUUAUGUUGUCUUUUUUUGUUAUUCUAAGUCGCACAUGGACUGGACAAUCAAAAAUAAGGAAAAACUACUUUGAACUGCAGCUUCUCAUUCAGAGAAGUAGGGAACUUAAAGGGCAUUUAUAAAGUAUGCAUUGUAAGGGCUUUAUUUAUCAAACUUUA